UGGCAGCGCGGCCGCGUUAGUAAUUUUGAUUACCUCAUGUUCCUCAACCGCGAGGCCGGCCGCUCCUUCAUGGACCUCACCCAGUACCCCGUCUUCCCCUGGGUCGUGCGCGACUACACCAGCGCCACCCUGGACCUCUCCGACCCCGACACCUUCAGGGAUCUGUCCAAGCCCAUUGGCGCGCUGAGCCCCAGGCGCUUCAGGGACUUCAUGGAGCGCUACAGGGAGCAGAAGGCAAGCUGCCACUAUUCAACGCCGGGCUAUGUGGUGUUCUACCUCAUGCGCAGCCAGCCGCAGCUCAUGCUCAGGCUUCAGAACGGGCGCUUUGAUGCACCAGAUCGUGUGUUCUGGUCGGUGCUGGACACCUGGAACAGCGUGAUGACACUGCCCACAGACGUGAAGGAGCUCAUACCGGAGUUCUACUCGGACCCCUCCUUCCUCAUCAACAGCGAGAAGCUCAACUUUGGCGAGCGAGCUGCAGGCACUGCUCUAUCCCUCAACACUCCCCCUGCUGGCCACACACAUAUCUGGCCAUGGAGCAUUGUGGAUGAUGUGGCGCUGCCGCCGUGGGCGUCAGACCCGGCAGACUUUGUGGCAAAGCUGGCGGAGGCGCUGGAGUCGCCGCAUGUGUCAGCGCGGCUGCACCAGUGGAUCGACCUCGUCUUUGGCUGCAGGAGCCGCGGCGCCGCCGCCGAGAAGGCCGACAACGUUUUCCACCACCUCACAUAUGAUGACAUAGCGCUGGCGCAGCUGGAGGAGGAGAUGGACGCAGUGAUGCGCGAGGCGCUGCGAGUGCAGAUGAUGGAGUUUGGCCGCACCCCCAAGCAGCUCUUCGCCAAGCCCCACCCGCGGCGU